AUGACCGUUGAAGCCACUGGCCGCGUCUCGAUCCAUUUGCUGGAGAAGAACCGGCGCUUGUCUACGCUUCUUGCGCCUGCGAUAGCCAAGAGGUCAAAACCCCCUCCUUUGCCCCCCUUGCCUUCUGGUCCCCUUCCUCCGCCGUAUAUCCCCCCUAACCUUGGUGGUCUGCCGGGACAGACGCCGCCCCCAAAGCUUAACGUUGUUAUUCAGAUUGUCGGGUCAAGAGGUGAUGUCCAGCCUUUUAUUGCGCUGGGCUUGGUCCUGAGGGAUACAUAUGGCCACAGGGUCCGAAUCGCCACGCAUGGGACGUUUAAGAAGUUCGUCGAGGAGAAUGGCCUCGAGUUUUUUGACAUUGGGGGGGACCCGGCGGAGCUGAUGGCGUUUAUGGUGAAGCAUCCGGGGUUGAUGCCUGGCUUCGAGGCCUUGAGGCAGGGGGAGAUCAGGAGGAGGAGGAAGGGGGUGGAGGAGAUGCUGGAGGGGUGCUGGAGGAGCUGUAUCACGCAGGGCGGGGAGGGGGAUAGGCCGUUCGUGGCGGACGCGAUCAUUGCAAACCCGCCGAGCUUUGCGCAUGUGCAUAUUGCGGAGAAGUUGGGGGUGCCGGUACAUGUCAUGUUUACGAUGCCGUGGACACCGACAAGGGCGUUUCCCCAUCCGCUGGCGGAUAUCAUUGCUACCAACGCGGAUGAUGUCCUAACCAAUUAUGUUUCCUAUACCCUGGUUGAGAUGAUGACUUGGCAGGGGCUGGGAGAUGUGAUCAACCGGUUUAGGACAAACGUCCUGGACUUGGAGAGCUUGAGCUUGCUUUGGGCUCCGGGGUUGAUUUCGCGGAUGAGGAUACCGACUACGUACUGCUGGUCACCAGCUCUCAUUCCCAAGCCAGCGGAUUGGGGUGAGGAGGUGUCAGUGUCGGGGUUCUUCUUUCUGAACCUUGAGUCUGGGUACGAGCCUGACCCGACGUUAAAGGCAUUCCUGGAUGCUGGACCGCCGCCGGUAUACAUCGGUUUUGGGUCGAUUGUCGUCGAUGACCCUGAUGCGCUGACCAAGACGAUCUUUGAUGCCGUCAAGCGCACUGGGGUGAGGGCUUUGGUAUCAAAGGGAUGGGGUGGCAUCGGAGGAGAUGCACUGAGCCUUCCGGAGAAUGUCUUCAUGCUCGGGAACUGUCCUCACGACUGGCUGUUCAAGAAGGUGGCGGCCGUGGUACAUCACGGAGGUGCGGGGACCACAGCAGCGGGCAUCAACGCUGGCAAGCCGACCGUCGUUGUGCCUUUCUUUGGAGACCAGAUCUUCUGGGGCAACAUGAUUGCUAGGUCUGGUGCUGGGCCAGCACCAAUUCCGUUCAAGACUUUGACAGCCGAGAACCUCGCGGCUGCUAUUGAGAAGUGCUUGGAGCCGGGUACACAGACCAAGGCGAAGGAGCUCGGACAGAAGAUCAGGGCGGAGAAAGGGGCUGAUGUGGGUGGCAAGACGUUUCAUCAGUUCUUGAAUACUGACAACAUGAGAUGCUCGCUUGCGCCGAGUCGGGUUGCUGUUUGGAGGGUGAGGAGGACGCAUGUCAGGUUGAGUGCGCUGGCGGCGGCGGUGUUGGUUAGGGAGGGAUGGCUGAAGUAUACGGAUCUCAAGCUACAUCGCUCGGUAGAACAUGACACAGACGAGCAGCCCUGGGACCCUGUCUCAGCAGCCACCGCGGCACUCGUUGGAGACUUCAGUGCCUUGACCUUGGCCGUGGCCGAUUUCCCCAGAGAAGUCUUCAAAGGUGCCAAAGAAAACAAAAAGGCCAAGGAAAAGAGCAGCUACAGUGAAGCCUCGAGCUCCAGGUCAACAAUCGUCGGCGACAGAAACAGCGUCCUUGUUGAUGAUGCAGCCUCCAUCUCAGCCAGCACCAUCUCACCCAGCUCCUCUCAUCAACGAACCACCUCCCACGCCGCCGACGCAGCCAGCAUCAGCUCCAACUCUACCACUCCCACCGCCUUCACCAGAAUCGACACCGGCACCGGGACCGACACCUCCUCCAAGCUCUCCCCUCCCCCCACCCGAGCAUCGGGCUCAAGCUCCCCCAACCGCGAACCCUUCAACCUCGACCUUGCGGUAGGAGCAGGCAAAGGCGCCAUGCGCAUCCUAGGCGUGGGCGCAAAAGUCCACACCAACUUCUGCCUGGGCGUCGCCCGCGGCUUUCGCAACGCACCAAAGCUCUACCACGAUGAGACAGUCCGUCCAGUGGAGAAGGUCACCGGUUUCAGCUCUGGCGUCCGCGUAGCUGGCAAGGAGUUCAGCCUGGGUGUCUAUGAUGGCGUCUCUGGCCUCUUUACCCAGCCCUGGAAAGGCGCACAGAAGGAAGGCCCCGUUGGCCUGGUCAAGGGUUUUGGCAAGGGAGUAGGCGGGUUCUUCCUCAAGAACUCGGCUGCCUUGUGGUCGAUCCCGGCGUAUUUCUCCCAGGGGGUGCAAGUUCAGAUGAGGAAGAGUUACUUCUCCAAGACGGAGGUGAUGGGGUACAUCAUUGCCAGUCGGGCCAAGCAAGGGGAGGAGGACCUCGAGUUCUCGACCGAGGAGGAGAGGAGGGAUAUCUUGGCGAGAUGGAGGGAGAUGAGGCAGGAUGGGCAUGAUUUGAAGGGGUUGUACUCCCGGUAUAAGGAUAUCAAGAAUGAGGAUAGGGAGUUGAGCGGCGAGGGCAGUAGCAAUAACAAGGAGGAAGAGCCAAAGACGGGAUGGCUCAGGACGAGGGGGUUGAGUUUUGAUAAGAGGAAGGAGUUGCAUAGACAAAAGGAGGAGUGGAGGAGGACCCAUCAGGGAGGAGCGGCGUCGCCGAUGUCACCUGGAGAUGUGACGCCUCCGGAGAGGGGGAUGAGCAGAGGGAGUGCGAGCUCUAGCACGAACAAUAUGCUGAUGGCGCUGGAUGAUCAUGAGGCUAUUGAGGCUGCGAUUCGGGAGUCGGUGCAGAGGACUUCGAAUGGAAAUCCGGAGGAGGAUGCGGCGAUUGAGCAACUGGUUAGGGCGAGUGUUAUGGGGAUGAGGAGGCAGGCGGCGGAGAGGGCGUUGGCGGCUGCGGAGAACCAGGCUGUGGACAAUCGGGGAGCCUCUGGGCAGAAUACACCCCCCGAGAGACCGCCGCAGUUCGACGCUGGGUGGCCGGUGGAUUUCAAGGGGAAUUAUAUCUCUGAUGAGGAGUUCACCAACAUCACGGAUGAGGAAUACCAAGCUUUGAUCGAAGAGGCGGUGAGGCAGAGCUUGAUGGAGGAGCAGGCUGAUCAGCAGGGGCAGUCGUAUCAGCCCUAUUAUGCUGAUGAGAAAGCGGCCUUGAGGAAUCUGCAGAGGAAGCCUGUGCCGAGUCCCCGAGCUGAAGCGUUUGAGCUGCCGGGGAACAGUGGCGGCACGCCUCCUCAGCGAAACAGCAAUGACCGUGACGACGAAGAGGAGCAACUUCGCCGAGCUCUGGAGGAGUCAGAGAAGGAGUUUAGAAAAGACAAGGAGAAGCUCCAACGGCAGAUGACAGAAGAGGAGAUUGUGCUCGAGUAUGUCAAGAAACAGAGCUUGCAGGAGGAGGAGUUUAAGCGGGCGACGCGGCAGAGCGGAUCGCGGGAGGGGAAGGGGAAGGAUGUUUCCGAGUCGUGGGAGGUGUUGAAUGAGUAUUCGGAUGAGGACGAUGAAGAUUUGAAGAGGGCGUUGGAGGAGAGCUUGAGGAUGGCGAAUAAGGGGAGAGACGGAGGGCCGUCUGCUUGAGUUUUGGGGGGGUCAUGAAGAAUGUAGAGAUUGGCAUGGGAAGGGGGAAAAAGGGUUUUGUUGAAAAGAUGCAUGGAAAAUAGCGAUAGAAAUACCCCGAUUUCUUUAUUUUUUCCCCCAUUGUUUUAUCUUGUUUAUUAUUCUAUAGCAAUCAAUCAAUCCACUUUGUCUCUAAACAUAAAACCAC